CGUUUCCGUUAAGGAAAUCAGAAGAGGUAACGUCUGUGGUGACUCCAAGAACGACCCACCAAAAGGAUGUGACUCUUUUACGGCUCAAGUCAUUGUUUUGAACCACCCAGGUCAAAUCUCAGCUGGUUACUCUCCAGUCUUGGAUUGUCACACUGCCCACAUUGCUUGUAAAUUCGACACCUUGAUUGAAAAGAUUGAUAGAAGAACCGGUAAGAAAUUGGAAGAAGAACCAAAAUUCGUCAAGUCCGGUGACGCUGCUAUCGUCAAGAUGGUCCCAACCAAGCCAAUGUGUGUUGAAGCUUUCACUGACUACCCACCANCGCUAAGAAAUAAACGGAUUAGAUAUUUUACUUUAUAUUUAUCGAAUUACGUUUUUUCUGCUUUGUAG